UACAGCAGACACACAGAGAGGUGGAAAAAACAAAACGCAGACUCUUUGAGAAAGGUUUGAGAUCUGGGAUUGCAGGAAAUCCAGAGCUCAAGAUAGAUUCCUGUGGAUCAGUCCAUGGUCACAGAUUGGCUGAAAAAACAAAAAACCUCCCCACCUCGAGGAUCCGGGAUGUUGGUUUGGCUUCUGGAAAUGCACAUGUGGAAUCACCGAAUUGGAAGGGACCUCAAAGGUCAUGUAGCCCAACCUCCAACUCAGUGCAAGAACUGUUGAAGUAGAUGGACAGACUCAUCUGUCUUCAUGCACAAUGGCAACAAAGGUCCCCCUUGGAAAAGAUGAAAGCAGCUGCUGUGGGGCUCUCAGGCGUGGAUUCCCAGGAUCCACUGAAGCUGCCACGCUUUGUUUGGACGAAUCUCGUGUUCCAGGUUCCCCAACGUCAGAUCCAAUCCAAAGUGACAACCAGGAAAACCAGGAGGCAAGAAAGAAAUUUGGCAGCAGUGUCAAAACAAGGUUUAAGGAGUGAAGGCUGCAUCCCAAGAAGAAAGAAUGGAGAAAGAAAACUGCUACCUCUCUGGACAAGUUGCAGCGAAGAAGAUGAAACAGAAGAUGGUCGAGCAUCUACACUACCAGGAUCUCCUGCUGUGAAUCCUCCACUUUUGCCCGCUCCAAAGAGCUUGGACACCUCAGAAAAGCAGCCCCCCCGAAAGAUCCUAGUUGAUCUACGACCUCUUCUGGAGAAUGUCAUGGAUCCCGUGGACUCUUGGCGAGAGAAACCAUUGGAGAAGGAUCCCCCAAAGGAGAGGUGUCCUUCUUCCAACUCUGGUGAUUCCAGAGAUGAAAGUCUCUUUGGAGGAGGAGGUGACGAUCAGGCCACAGAAAUGCCUGCUGAGUUUUCCAAGGAUUGUGGGAUUCCCAGAGUUCAUCUCUUCUUGCCUCCUAUCAGAGCCUCCAAGCUUUACAGAAAGAGCAUCAAGACCUCAAGAAGAACCAUUUGGACAUCUCCGGUAGAAUCAACACAGCUUCGGAAAACCACCUUUCCUGCCAUCCGGACUUUUCAACCACAGCUCCAAAUGCCAGUUCUCCUCCCCAAGACUGAUCUGCAGAAGCACGUUCCAUUCGAGGCAGAGAGAUCAACAGGACCAGAGGGAGGACCAGAAGCAGCUGCUUGGGGGCUGCCCGCCGCCUCCUCGCCAGAUUUUCAACUUCCCACCCAGCUGCUUUUGCAGAAGCUGCAGGAAACUACAACGAGUAACAACCAUCUGCUGAUCACACAAGUCCUGCGUUCGUUGAGGGAAGAGCUGCUGGGGGGCAGUCCACGUGAGUCUGACCACAGGGAGAACCAGAAGGAUUUCCUGGAGCUUCCUCGGAUUCAGCCCUGGAAACCUGGGAAGGCAGACAAGAGGGAGAAGGCAUCUGAUGCUGGUAUGGAGGCUACCAAGAACAGGUUAAUUAGACUGAUCGGGAACCACAACAACUUUCCUCAAGGCACAGGCGUGGUACAGGUCCCUCCAGGACCUUUCCAUGAGAAGAAUCCUGCUGGACUAGACAGAAGACCCGUCCUCUCCAGGGCUUGGCAUCCCACAGAAACCCAUCAAAAGAGCUGGAAAACCAUCACUUCUACCCAGCUCCUGCUAUGAUGAGAUGCAAUGUUAAGAUAAUUUGACUUAGGGUGUGCUGAUCUCCAAGAACUAAGCCUAGAUUUUACAGAAUGUUGUGGGGUGGGGGGGUAUUCCUAAUUACAUAAAACAAGCUGAUCUCUUGGUGGUCCUGGGAUGCAUUCAACGGUGGAGACAGGGUGCAGGGGAGAAAGUCCCAACACAACAAAGAAAAGCCAUGUUACAUCACGGGCGGGGCUGGGAGUUGUGUGCUCUGUUUUCCCAAGUUUUGGGAAACUGUUGAGACUGUUAAAAAAAUAGUAUCAGGCCUAUCUUAGGGCAUGCCAUAUAAUUUUUUUGGGGGGGGGGUCCUGCUUCCAAACAGUGCCAGCCUUAGGAUAAAGCGGUUGACAUCACCAGUAAGACCGUUGUUCCUUAAUGCUGUGUCCCAUUCUAGAAGCUGCAAGGGGAUUUCUCAACAUAUGCUCCCACGCAGAUGAAACUUUCCCCCUAGGCCUGAUGAAAAGUUAAAAAUGUUAGCUCACUUCUCAAGUCCACCCUGCUUGGGCUUCUGGGCUUGAAUUACUGGACUUCCCUGAGAAGCUCUGAAGGCAGGAUAUAGUAACCCUGUAGUGGUUUGAACCCUGGUCAGGAAACCUGGGGAGAAAAUCAUCCAUGCCUCACAUUCUACCUUCCUUCUAGAAUAGUGUUUCUCAACCUUAGCAACUUU